AUGGCAAGCCUGAACCUGGCCAAGCGCAGCUUCGCCCCGGUGCCGAUAGAGACGACUUUUCAAUCGAACCGCAAGGGCACCCAACCCGGCGGGCAACCAGGGGGCCCGAACCCGGAGUUGACGCCUGAGCCAUCGCCCCGAUCCGCCUCGCCGCCGAUGCCACAACCGCGACAGCGACGUCGAUUUAAACCCCAGCUGAUUGAGACAUCAAGGAGAACCAGGAGAGUCGGCGACCCGGGCCCGGCUACCAGGCCGACUGAUAAAACCGACAUUACCCCCUACACCAACCACAUUUACGUGGCGAAGCCAAAGCCCAGGAGGAAGCAUGGAGAGGCACUAGAUGAUGAGUCGAUUCCAUGGAUUCCGCCGACCAGGAGAGAAUCCGAGGAUGAGGGUGUCAAAGAGUAUCUGUUAGAAAUUGCUGCCAGGGAGGCGGCAAGGCAGAUGGAAGAAGCUGCACUUGCCGCGUUCCCCAACAGCAGAGCUCGCGAGGGCGGUGUUGCUCACUUCUACUUUAGAGAGAGUUCGGAGAGCGACAACUCCGCAGAAAACACACCUCAAAACAAGGACAAUGGCAUGCAGCCCAGGGUUCGGAGGAAGUCGUCAAAUCUGGGGCUGAACUGGUGGCAUAAGCACAUGCAAAGCCAUGCAGAGCAAUUGGCAUAUGAGCGGGGUGACGACGAGAUGGCGUUUGGUGGUGUGGAUGAGGAUACCAUAAUGCGGACAGAUUCGGAUCUGGACAAGAUGGAUCUGCCUGUGCCUCCCGAUCCAUUGUGGACGACGACCAAUAGGAUCCCUCCCGAGGACAGACGAGAUUCCAUGGCUGAACUACAAGACCUCAGGGAUUCCUUGACACCUCUUUCACGGCCUGAUGCUGCUUUUACGAUUGGUAACAGGUUUCAACCCGGGGAUGCGGCGUACGGCCGGCCGUCCCCAGACCAGAGAGACGUCGGAUACAGCCCCUUUCUUCGCCCGGUAGACCGCGGCCCGGAUGUCGCAUUUGGCCGGCCAUUUGGGGCGUUUGGCUUAAAACCGGAGGAUCCCAAGCUGCAUCUUAUGCGCCAAGCCGCGUCGCCUCCGAUGCUCGGCAAGGACCUGACUUUUCGGCGAUGUCCGUCCCCGAAACAGACCAAGUUGGAGACGGACCACCCGUUCGCAAACCACGACGUUUACAAAGAGCAAAAUCGAGAUGUCACAGGCCAAGGCGGUCUCUGGAGAGGAUUCUGCUGCCGGUCAGAGUCGAAUACCGAGUAUGUUGUCCCGGCGGAAUUCCACGGGGCGAACAUGCUCGUUACUCCCUACCCACCGGCUAGCCCCCGGGACGGCGCGGGAUUCGACUCGCCGUCAAUGAGCGACGAGCCAGAGUCCAUGUUCUCGUCGUCCAACUCGUCCGAAAGCUUGAAUAAUAUAAGCCCUACCCGUGCAGAGCAUCGUUCUCGAACCAGCCAGUCCAAGGGCCUGCACAUGUUGCACGGCCUGGACGACCGGUUACGCCGCGAAAAGGCGCAGGUAGAGCUGGACGAAAAGAUUGCCUCCGAGUUCGACGACGAAUUCGUCACCCAAGUAUACAAUUACCUGUCUUUGGGCUAUCCGGCCACAGCACGCUACUUUGACGGAGAGCUGUCCAAAAUUAGUAGAGUUUCCGUAGAGGAACUCUGCAGGGACGACGAGAGGCAAAUGGCCAAGGGUCACAUGCUCGAGAUGAGCCUGCAGGCGACAUCCGAGACCGACCGGUGCCCGAGAUGGAAAGCCCUCAGGACAUACGUCACGGAAUGGGCCCGACAGCAUCCGGAUCUUGAUAACCUCGACCCUCUGGCUUGGGGUGUACGAGAACGACGCGGCAGCUGGGCCAUAUAA